GAGAGCUGCCGUGUGGACACGCCCCCUCGGUUCAGCCAGUGUCCAUACAGGAAGAACAGCCCUGUGUCAGUCUGCCCACUGUCCUCCUGUUGAUGUGACUGAGCGAAGACACAACUGACAGGAGGUGAGGGAUCACUUAACUUUGAAUAGAUCUUCAUAAGAUGUUGCCACAGCACCUGAAACAGAUCAGAGUCCUAAUGCUCAACGACAAGGAGAAUUUACAGAGAACCCUGUUCAGACUUGAACAAGGGUUCGAGCUCCAGUUCCGCCUAGGUCCAAGCCUUCAGGGGAAGAGGGUUAUGGUGCAUACCAACUAUCCACUUGAAGGACAAGUGUUUGAACGAAACAACUUCCGUGUUUUGGCAUGGAACUACCCAACGGGCAGGGAGGAUGACUCUGAUAAGUUCUGCUCUCUGGAUUUGAAGAAAGCUGGCUCCUAUGAAUACUACUUUGGACAUGGGGACACAGAGCAGUCAGGAAGAGGAUACAUUGUUGUUGAUCCAGUCCUUCGUGUUGGAGCAGACAGUCAUGUCCUCCCAUUAGACUGCAUCACCAUCCAGACCUACCUCGCCAAAUGUCUGGGACACCUGGAUGACUGGCCAAUUAGACUGAGGGUCGCCAAGGAGUCAGGAUACAACAUGAUCCACUUCACGCCUCUGCAGACUUUGGGAGAGUCCAGGUCCUGUUACUCUUUAGCAGACCAGCUGACCUUUAGCCCUGAGUUCAGCCCAGCUGGCCAGAACUACACCUGGGCAGAUGUUGGGCGACUGGUGGAGAAAUUACAGAAAGAAUGGAACAUGCUGUGUAUUACAGAUGUGGUCUAUAAUCAUACUGCUGCUAACAGUUUGUGGAUCAAAGAACAUCCAGAGUGUGGUUAUAACCUUGUGAACUCACCCCACCUGCGGCCAGCCUGGGUCUUGGAUAGGGCUAUCUGGCAUUUAACCACCAGAAUAGUAGAGGGACGCUACAAAGCCAAAGGACUUCAUACUGACAUCACCAAUGAGAGCCACCUGACUGCCAUCCGGAGUGUGUUGUGGGAGGAUGUGUAUCCUCAGAUUAAACUGUGGGAGUUCUUCCAGGUCAAAGUGGACAGUGCUGUGGAACAAUUCAGAGCUCUUCUACAAAAUGGCACCAAGCCAGACAACAGUAAGACUGAUGGGAAAAAGGGCCUGAAGAUUAUUCAGGACCCAAUGUACCGUCGUUAUGGCAACACAGUGGACAUGAACUCUGCUCUGGAGAUAUUUAUACCUCACAGCUCCUCCCCUCAGCACAUUGAGGAAUGCUGUGGUUGGCUGAGACAGAAACUGAAGGACCUGAAUGAUGAACAGUAUCAGAUUGUCCACCAGCAUGAGGAGCAGGCUGCCAACUGCAUUGUGGGAAACGUACUGUAUGAACGUCUGGCAGACCACGGCCCCAAACUUGGUCCUGUUAACAGGAAGAACCCUCUGGUUACCAGGUAUUUCACCUUCCCCUAUCAGGACAUGACACUGGAGCAGGAGAUGCAACUGCUAGAUCAACCGGACAAGAUAUGCCACUUCCUGGCUCACAAUGGUUGGGUGAUGGGCGAUGAUCCACUGCGAAACUUUGCUGAGCCAGGCUCCAACGUGUACCUGCGUCGGGAGCUGAUUUGCUGGGGUGAUAGUGUCAAACUGCGCUAUGGCAAGGAGCCUGAGGACUGCCCAUACCUGUGGGCCCACAUGCAGAAAUACACUGAAAUCACAGCCAAGUAUUUCCACGGUGUCAGACUGGACAACUGCCACUCGACACCAUUACAUGUAGCAGAGUUCAUGCUGGACGUGGCCAGAACAGUUUGUCCUAACCUUUAUGUGGUGGCUGAGCUAUUCACCGGCAGUGAGGAGCUGGAUAAUAUCUUUGUAACCAAGCUUGGAAUCUCAUCGCUCAUACGAGAGGCCAUGUCAGCUGCUGACAGCCAUGAAGAAGGCAGACUGGUCUAUCGUUAUGGAGGUGAACCGGUCGGAGCUUUUGUUCAGCCCAGUCUCCGCCCACUGAUGCCCUCCAUUGCCCAUGCCAUGUUCCUCGAUGUAACCCAUGACAACGAGUGUCCCAUACAGCGGCGUUCAGCUCUGGACUCCCUCCCCAGCUCAGCUAUAGUCUCUAUGGCCUGCUGUGCUACUGGUUCCACCAGAGGAUACGAUGAAUUAGUGCCGCAUCAGAUCUCUGUGGUGAAGGAGGAGCGUUUUUACCCCAAGUGGAACCCCUCAGCACCCCCCUCCUCCACUGGUGAGGUUGGAUCCCAGACUGGCAUCAUAGCUGGGAAACUGGCACUCAACAAGCUACACCAGGAGCUGGCUGCCCAGGGAUUCAUACAGGUGUAUGUUGAUCAGGUCGAUGCAGAUAUCGUUGCGAUUACUCGUCACUGUCCCAGCACACACCAGUCCGUGGUGUCAGUGUGCAGGACAGCAUUCUGGGACCCGAAAACCCACCAGUACGAUACCAAUGUCCCACCCAUGUUCAUACCUGGGAAGAUAGAGGAAGUGGUACUGGAGGCAAGGACAGUGGAAAGGCAUGCUGGGAGUUACAUGAAGGAUGACAACUACAUCAAUGGCAUGCCAGAAUACACUGUGGAAAUAAAAGAGCAUAUUCCUUUACAGGACAGUACAGUGGCGAAGAGCAGUGGAGUGACGUCUAAAGGGCGAUCAGAGUUUGUGCAGAAAAUCACCUUUCAGAAGCUGACACCUGGCAGUGUCAUCGCCUUCAGGGUUAGUUUGGACCCUAAGGCCCAAAAGUUGGUAGGGGUGCUGAGGUUUUAUCUGUCCCAGUUCAGUCCAAAAUACAGAAGAGGCAGUGUGAUGGAGGAAAACCCACCAGAAGCACUGCAGAAACCUCUCGCACAGUUGAUGUCUAAGCUGACGUUGGCAGACAUGAAUAUCCUGCUGUUUCGCUGCGACUCAGAGGAACAAGAAGAUGGAGGAGGCUGUUACAGUAUCCCGGGAUGGGAGACCCUCAAAUAUGCUGGAUUACAAGGUCUGAUGUCAGUGUUGGCUGACAUCCGUCCCAAUAAUGAUCUGGGCCACCCUGUGUGUGCUAACCUCAGACAAGGGGACUGGCUCAUAGACUUUGUCUCCAACAGACUUACCAUAAGAGAGGGACCACUGGCACAGGUGGGUCAGUGGUUGGGAGCCAUGUUUAACUACUUGAAACAUAUCCCACGCUACCUCAUCCCCUGUUAUUUUGAUGCCAUCCUGGUGUCCACCUACAUCACAGCUUUGGACGCAACUUACAAACUAAUGUCAAGUUUCAUUCAGAAUGGCUCCAGCUUUGUUCGUCACCUGGCACUGGGCUCGGUUCAGAUGUGUGGUGUUGGACGCUUCCCCACCCUCCCUCCGCUCUCUACAAAACUUGAGGCCGUCCCCUUCCGCAUUAGUCCACUCACAGAGCAGAAGGAGCAGUGCUGUGUCUCUCUGGCUGCAGGUCUUCCUCACUUCUCGUCUGGCAUUUUCCGUUGCUGGGGCAGAGACACGUUCAUCGCUCUCAGAGGACUCAUGCUGCUCACUGGGAGACACACUGAGGCUCGUAACAUCAUCCUGGCCUUUGCUGGGACGCUGCGGCACGGUUUGAUCCCCAACCUGCUGGGAGAGGGUCGCUGUGCCAGAUACAACUGUCGUGAUGCUGUAUGGUGGUGGCUGCAGUGCAUCCAGGACUACGCUAUCCACGUCCCUCAAGGUCAUGAAAUACUUCGCUGCCCCAUCACACGCAUGUACCCUACUGAUGAUUGUGAACCUUGCAAACCUGGAGAGGUGCAGGAGCAGUGUCUGUAUGAUGUGAUCCAGGAGGCCCUGCAGCGCCACCUGGAGGGAAUUUCCUUCAGAGAGAGAAAUGCUGGAUCCAAGAUAGACAUGAAUAUGAGAGAUGAAGGCUUCAACGUGGCUGCUAAGGUGGAUCCAGCCACAGGGUUUGUGACUGGAGGAAACCGAUUUAACUGCGGCACGUGGAUGGACAAGAUGGGAGAGAGUGAGAGAGCGAGGAACAAAGGCAUGCCUGCUACUCCAAGAGAUGGCGCUGCAGUGGAGAUAGUUGGUCUCAGUAAGUCGGCUGUUCGCUGGGUGGUGGAGCUCCAUGCCAAAGGACUGUUCCCUUAUGAUGGAGCUAAAGUACACAGAGAUGGUAAAGAAGUGUUCAUCUCUUACAGCCAGUGGAACCAGCAGCUACAGCAGUCCUUUGAAGCAGCAUAUUGGGUUUCUGGGGCCCCAAAUGAUCCCAAUGAGAAACACCCUGAACUGGUGCAUAAAAAAGGCAUCUAUAAGGACAGCUAUGGUGCCUCCAGUCCCUGGUGUGACUACCAGCUGAGACCCAACUUCACUGUUGCCAUGGUGGUGGCUCCAGAGCUGUUUACAGUGGAGAGAGCUUGGAAGGCUCUGGAGGUGGCUGAGAAGAAACUACUGGGACCACUAGGAAUGAAGACACUUGACCCCGAUGACAUGGUGUACUGUGGUGUCUAUGACAACGCUCUGGACAAUGACAACUACAACCAGGCAAAAGGUUUCAACUACCACCAGGGACCAGAGUGGCUGUGGCCAGUUGGAUACUUCCUGCGUGCUAAACUCUACUUUGCCAAGAAGCUUGGAGAAGAAACCUACAACACAACUGUCACCCUGGUGAAAAAUGUUUUGUCCCGACAUUACACCCACCUGGAGAGGUCUCCAUGGAAAGGUCUGCCAGAGCUGACCAAUGAGAAUGGCCAGUACUGCCCAUUCAGCUGUGAGACCCAGGCCUGGUCUCUGGCCACUGUGCUUGAGGUCCUCUUUGACCUCUAAAUGGGCAUCAUCCCGUCUCCCUGAUGUGAGGCUGUUCUGCAUACUGAGGGAGAAUUGUUUGGCUUGGAGAAGAAACACACAUCACUUCCCACAGUCUGCCUUCAGUGAGCUGUCACAGUCAUAUUAAUUGGUGUGGCAGCUACGCCUGCUUCAAAUUGCAUACAAUAAAUACAUGACAGGAUUACAACACCA